CGACUCUAUCCUAAAUUCCUACAUAAGCUUCAAUUGCACUUCUCAAAUCAACUUGACGAUACCAAGAUGAUCACCGCCACAGUCCGCACCGCAGGGCUUCAAGUCCGAAGCUUUCACAAGACCGCUCUAAACUCAGUUUUAACCGAAACGGCAACUCGUGGGACCAACGAAAGUUAUCUUCGCCAUCACAGAAAGCACAAUAAAGUCGAAUAUAGCCAGUCUCCCGUCACACCAUACAACACCAAUGUCAGAGCAGAGUGGCAGCGCCAUCGUGCAACCGAGCAUCAUCAGAUCUGGCCGUCUUCCCCUCAGAAGCACUCUUUUCAUACCAAGUUAUCCUCGCAGGAUACACCAAUUACCCAAUCAACACAUGCGAUGACCUUCCGAAAGGACCGCGAGAUGCACAUCGCCGCACGCCAAACAUCGCUCAAAGCACCAGAGGAACACGAGAACCCAGAUCGCGAAUUCAUGAAGACGUGGCUCGGCGUCAAAAGGGAAUUUGGCUACCUGCGCUCAGACUUGCUGGACGCUGUGUUGGCUGAUGGUAAAAAGGCUCAAAACCAGAGCUUCAUGGGACGGCUUUUUGACAGCGAAUCUAAGACUCAACAUUAGAUAACUACGUGCGCAUGCUUAUUACCUGCGCUGUGUUUCAUAUUGCAGCAUUGCUUCUACUUCACGAAUGUAUCUCGAGAUUCCAUUCCGUAGCGGUAGAAGAAGAGACGUGACGUGUUUGUGUAUCACGACUCCGCUUAUCUGGUGUUGGUG